AUUAAACUGACAGGACCGGAAUCUAAAAGGGUUAUUUAUUUUUAAGAGGCAGCAUCAAUCAUGUCUCGUAGAUAUGAUUCACGGACGACCAUCUUUUCACCCGAAGGGCGCCUGUACCAGGUAGAAUACGCCAUGGAGGCUAUUGGCCAUGCUGGCACAUGCUUAGGGAUUCUGGCCAAUGAUGGGGUGUUGCUGGCAGCAGAAAGAAGGAACAUCCACAAGCUGCUGGAUGAGGUCUUUUUCUCAGAGAAGAUCUACAAACUGAAUGAGGACAUGGCCUGCAGUGUGGCAGGUAUAACGUCGGACGCCAACGUGUUGACCAAUGAGCUGAGGCUAAUUGCACAGAGGUACCUGUUGCAGUAUCAGGAGCCAAUCCCCUGUGAGCAGCUGGUCACAGCACUGUGUGACAUCAAGCAAGCGUACACGCAGUUUGGAGGGAAGAGGCCUUUCGGGGUGUCCCUGCUGUACAUGGGCUGGGACAAGCACUACGGCUUCCAGCUGUACCAGAGUGACCCCAGUGGAAACUACGGGGGCUGGAAGGCCACCUGCAUUGGCAACAACAGCGCGGCUGCUGUGUCCAUGCUGAAGCAGGAUUUCAAAGAGGGGGAGAUGACGCUGUCGUCUGCCCUGGCCCUGGCCAUCAAAGUGCUGAACAAAACCAUGGACGUGAGCAAGCUGUCUGCUGAGAAAGUGGAAAUUGCCACGCUGACCCGAGAGAAUGGGAAGACCAGGAUUAAGGUCCUGAAGCAGAAAGAGGUGGAGGAGCUGAUUAAGAAGCACGAAGCGGAGGAGGCAAAGGCUGAGAAAGACAAGAAGGAGAGGGAGCAGAAGGACAAGGACAAGGACAAAUAAGCAUCCAGCUCUCCCCUUUUUCUAAAGCAUG